AUGGCAGCCGUCACCGUGGCAUCCAGCAUCCUGGUUCCCCAGGGAACCUUCCCUCCUGGGAGCAGACAGGGCCAGCAGACAGCAGGGUCAAGGCUGGACAGGAUCCUGCUGAGCCAGGGCAGCAAGGAGCAGAAAAGGCUGCCUGCCUCCAACAGGACCCUGGUGCUGCCCUGACAAGUCAUCAAGUCCUCCGACACUCACUACAGAGCCCUGCCCUGAUGCUACCUGGGGAUGCUGCUGGAAAGGAAAGAAAUAUUUUCCACCACCCUGACAGGGAUGCAGGACUGUGGCUUCUCCGAGACCAAACACCUCGAUUGCUCUGGAAAGGUGCUGCUCUGGAAAGCGUCGCUGCACCAAGGGACUGAUUCAGACGACCCUCCCAUCCUGAACCGCCCGGCAAAAAUCUUCCACCUCCUGGGCCAGCAGGAGAUGGCCAAAGGGAUAUGCAAAAUGGCACUGGAGGUCCUGUGGGACCCGCACUUCAGCUGGCAGGCCUACCACACCCGGGCACAGAUCCACGUGAAGAUACAUCUGCAAGAUCUGGGACACACCAAGAUGGGACAGGGCCCAGUGCCUGACAGAAGGAAGCUCAUGCAUGCUAAAAAUCACCCUGAAAGGGUCCUCGGCAAAGCCCUGGAGUUUGACCUGGGCGACACCAUACCCAAACUCCAGCUCUUCAGGGGCAAAUCUAUGCUUAAAAGCCAGGAAACGCUCGCCAUCGAGUGCUUCAAGCGGGCCAUCGAACUGGACAACGUGGGCUCCACUGAGAACUUGCGGUGCCUCCUGGAGACACUGCUCGUGCUCUUUGGCCAGCUGAAACUGAGGACAGAAACGCUGAUGUAG